CAAUCAUUCCGCCAGGCAGGAGCGUUCUGUUCAAUGAGAGUUACGUGAGGAAUGUGAAACGAGCUCUGUAUUUGGGAUAGCUGCUGUUGGUUUUUUUUUUUUUUUUGCUCUGUAUAGUCUGUGAAGCGUUCUUGUUUCCUCUCUUCAUACCUUUGGUGCAUUGUUGUAAUGAUGAGUGGAACCAGGAGCCUGUGCAUGUUGUCCAAUAUCCACGCUGGAGGUAACACGGAAACUGUGAGAAGAUUGAGAUUAACCCUGCAAACAAAUCCAUCCGAUGGAAGACUUGACUUUCAGAAACAACAAAAGCCUGUUGGCCGAGCAUAUGCCCUAAUACCACCAAAGCUGAUACAAGAAACGCCUUCCUGGAAUUCAGAUAAUCUGAAGUCUGGUGGUGAUGAUGAACAAGUCGAGAUUAUUAAGGUCUACUUAAAAGCCAAAGCAGAGGAUAAGGCGAAUCAUGAUCAGAAUGUCAACCGACUCAAAGGAGAGGUGCAUCAGAUUCAGGAGGUACGUCAGUCAAUAGAAAAACUCAGAGAGCAGCUAUCAGGAAAAGUUAAUGGAAUACACAAAGAAAGUAGUCCAUCUUUCAUAAAUGCAAAGCUUUCAUUAGACAAGAAAAAUGGCUUCAGUACCAGAUCCCUCCCCUCAGAACAUGAUGUAAGAAGUAUUGUUACCCUUAAUUCACAUCAGACCGACCAUGAUAGCCAGGUGGAAGAUUUUUUAUAUGAAGAUACAGAUAAAAUGAGAGAAACUGCAAAGAAAUUGUUUGCAAGACUUCAGGAGGCUGAAAGGCGGCAUAUUACAGAAAAGAAAGCACUGGAGGAUAAAGUGGAUGUGUUUCAACAGGAGCUGUCAGACACAUGCACUGCCCUAAAGGAAUCGAAGGAUGAGGUUGGGAAGAGAGAUAUGAAGAUAGAGGAACUGCAGAGAUUGAUGGGAGGAAUGGAAAAGGAACACCAGAGUUUACUUUUGAAGAUGAAAGACAGUGAAGUGGAAUUGGAACAGCUGAGAAAACUCAAGUUAGACUCCUCAGUCCAUCAAGACAGGUCAGCCAAGUUGGAGAAGGAGGUAGCUGUCUUGCGUGAGAAGAUUCAUCACUUAGAUGACAUGCUUAAGAGUCAGCAACGCAAGGUCAGACAGAUGAUCGAGCAGCUUGAGAACUCCAAAACACAAAUCAAGGAGAAAGAUACACUAAUACAACAACUUCAAGAGAAAGUGUCUUUCUUGGAGGCAGAGAAUCGGGAAAUGCAUGAUCGUAUGGAUCAUCUUCUAGGAAGUGAUAUGAAUCUAUCAGUCUCCAGCAGUUCACGUCCAUUACUGUACAGCAAAAGGCUGCAGAUCCCCAAUGGGCCCAUCAAGAAUCUGCCUUUCAUUAAAUUGGUGGAAACAUAAAGGGCAUCACCCGACAUCUUGGGACAUAUAUGAAAGAAUGCACUCUGUGCACAGCAGACUACCUCUCCUGACAUCCACCUACUAAAGGGAUUAUACUAAUUGCUCCAGCAUUUCAAGAACCAUCAGUUGGUAAAAGUCAUGUGAUGAAAUGUGAAAUUCACACUUUUUUUUCAUUGAACGCAUUUAACUGGAUGGUAGGUGUUAACAAUCCUUGAAACUUGACUAAUUCUGAUCUAUCUGAUCCAUUUUGAAACUGUUAUGCCUAGAAAAAAAUCACUGCAUAAUGGGAGGAAUAAUGAGGAGUGAUGUGGGCGCUGUGUACCUGAAGACUUAGAUAAAGCACUGGUCUUUUUGUGAAACUAAUUUAUUUAUUUAUUUUCCUGGAUCUUGCAACGAUGACCGUGAAGCCUUCAUUUAACAUGUACUCCUGCAAUACAUUUUCCAGCCGAAAUCUUUAUUUUAAGAUGAAGUAUAUCAAGCUGUUUUCCAAACAACUUUUACUACCUUUGGCAGAUGCAGCAUGGUACUAAAGUGCUAUACACACAAAUCUGUAUGGCAUUAUAUUGUGCGAUUCACACGAGGACACUCUUGUUCUGGACAUGUGUGGUAACAGGAUUGUGUUAUAGGUAGUAAGCAUUUAUAUUGUGCGAAUCACGAGGACACUCUUGUUCAAGACAUAUAUGGUAACAGGAUUGUAUUAUAGAUAGGACAGCAAGACUGCAGACACUGUUAAAAUUAAUUUCUGAAAUAAAAAUCACUGUAUACAGUGAGUGCGGCUGAUAAUGCCACGUUUACUGAAUAUUUGACACUUUUUGGUGUCACAUAGACCGUCAGAACCUUUUGUCACUUGUAGGUAUAGUUUUGUAAAGCAACUACGUGUACAUAUGUACUUGUGUGUGUAUAUAUUUAUGUAAAUUAUUUGAGUGUGUUCAUUUGUUGCUUUUAGAAAAAGUAUACUCCAUUGUUUUGUUUUUAACAGACAGGUUUAUAUUCUAUUAUAACAUUCAGGAAGUGUGAAUUUACUGAGUUGAAUAAAUGUAAAACUGUUUUAAUACAUA